AUAUCGCUGCGUCACAAGCAUUACCAGCACCCGGUUCACCUGAACCGGAAGGGAUCCGGUUCAUUCCUCCUGUUAAUUUCACCGAAAAACCAGUAUUUUCGUUUUCGUUUCCUUUCUUUCUCUUCCUGAAAACAAAAUCCAAAGGAAACCUGAUUUUUGUAAAAUACAGAGGAAGAGAGGAGACUACAACUUUUAAACGACACCGUCAAGACCAAGUUCCAAUUUUUAUUACUUCUGUGUGUUUCCUUUGAAAUUCACCCUCCCAAAUAAAUACCCCAACUCGUCCGAGCUCCGGAAACAGCUGAGAAUCCGAUGGACUCUUUGGGUCCGAAGCGCUUUGAUAUCUUCGAAAUUUACCGGCAAUUUUGUGAACUUAGAAGAGGAGAUACUUAUGUUUGCUGCGAAGAAGGUUACCGACAAGAUGAGGAAUCACAAAGAGCUAAGUACUCGAGGGACAGAUUGAAUCAGCUCUUAAAGAUGGUGGAGUCAAGGAUGCACACAAGGACUGCCAUCUUUGAUGAACUUCACAAGCUCAUGUUACAACUAGACUUGACGGUGGACUUUUCUGAAUUCUCAUGCUUCUAUGAUUUUGUUUUCUUCAUGUGCCGAGAAAAUGGUCAAAAGAAUAUUACUAUAAGCAGGGCGGUUGCUGCAUGGAGAUUAGUGUUGGCUGGCAGAUUUCGACUACUUGACAAAUGGUGCAACUUUGUUGAGGAAUAUCAGCGUCACAAUAUUUCAGAGGAUACAUGGCAGCAAGUUUUAGCAUUCAGUAGGUGUGUACAUGAAAAUCUGGAAGGGUAUGAUCCUGAAGGUGCUUGGCCUGUUCUGAUUGAUGACUUUGUUGAGCACAUGUACAGAAUUUCAGGAUCCAACAAAGAUUCAAAUGUUUUCUGUUGCUGUGUUGAUUCGGAGCCCCAGUUGUGUGCAUAUGAGGACACUUUGCCUGGAUUAAGAGUAUUUCCUGGGAUGAAGAGGAAAUUGCUCGAAUGUCAUGAUUACGAAAUGGAGUCCUCGGAUUCGCACUUGUCGGACACACCAGACCUGAAUUGCUCAUUGAAUUCUAAGAGAAGUAGGUUGAUUGCACACAGAUUGGUUACCCCUGAUGCAUCUGAUGAUUGCAUGGAAGUUGCUAAACACAGUAGUCCUGUGUGUUGUUCGAAGUCUCCAUGUGCAAUUGAAGGUUGCCUAUCAAAGGGUUUUGCAGGGCUCUUAUCGAGUUACUCGUAUUUUGCAGUUUGAUCGAUAAAGAAGACUUCAAUUCUCUAUUACAUAGAUAGAGCUCGCACCCUCCGAGUUACAAUUAUAGAAAAAUGUAUCCUUUGCAAGCCUAUGAUUUAGAUAUAUUCAUAUCUCUGCAACUCGUAUUUUUUGGACGAUUUUGUGGGUUAAUCUCCUAUUUUUAUCUAUGAACGUUUGUGAUGUCUGAUGCAA